AAGAAGAGUCAAAGGUGGGAGCGUCAGGCGGAAAGGGCCGUCAAGUUUGCUGAGGAAAUCGAGACGUAAUUAGCUUCGUCGUUUUAAAGGAUUAAAAGCGAAUUGUACUCGUGUUAAGUUGAAGUGGAGUUCGUGCUGGCAAAAUGGAGGCAGUUCCCAGAAUGCCGAUGAUUUGGCUGGAGCUGAAGGAAGCGGGAGAGUUUCAGUUCAGUCCCACCGUCAGACAGUACAUUCAAAUAAACUAUGGUGAGAAUCCAGAGAACUACAACGAGGCACUGAAGAGGCUGGAGCAGCUUAGGCAGAGUGUGGUAAACAUCCCAAGGGAUUUUGAGGGUUGCAACACUCUUAGAAAAUACUGUGGUCAGCUGCACUUUCUGCAGAGUCGUGUUCCAAUGGCAACCGGCCAGGAGGCUGCAGUGCCUGUGACAUGGACUGAUGGCUUUUCAGGGAAGAAUGUCACACAUGAGGAUAUUAAUUAUGAACAGGCUUGUGUCCUGUAUAACCUGGGUGCGUUACACUCGCUGCUGGGAACUGUGGAUAACCGUCUAUCUGAAGAGGGGAUGAAAGUGUCCUGUACUCAUUUCCAGUGUUCUGCCGGGGCUUUUACUCACAUCAGAGACCAUUUUAAUUACAGCUACAGCUCUGACAUGAACAGCCAGGCACUCUCAGUCAACAUCAGCCUCAUGCUGGCACAGGCUCAAGAGUGUCUGCUGGAGAAAACUUUACUAGACAACAGAAAGAGUCAUUUAAUAGCAAAGAUUUGUGCUCAGGUGUGUGAUUACUAUAAGGAUUGUCUGAGGGUGUUGGAUAAUUCUGAAUGUGUGCCAGGAAGGAUUCAGAAAGAGUGGAGAAAACUCGUCAACAUGAAGAUCAGCUACUUCAGUGCCAUCACACAUUUACACAUGGGAAAGCAGUCAGAGGAACAGCAGAAAUAUGGAGAAGCAGUUGCUUACUUUCAGUCAUCCCUGGACAAACUUAAUGAGGCAGUUAAACAGAGUAAGGGCCAGCCAGAAUCUGUACAGGAAGCUUUGAAAUUCACAAUGGAUGUGAUUGGUGGAAAGUAUAACUCAUCUAAAAAAGACAAUGACUUCAUUUACCACGAGUCUGUGCCUGGUCUGGACACAUUGCCUGCAGUGAAAGGUGCAUCGUUGGUGAAACCUCUGCCUAUAAACUUAACUGAUCAAAGUGUCACUGGUCCUGACCUCUUCUCUAAACUUGUACCCAUGGCAACGCAUGAGGCCUCAUCCCUUUACAGUGAGGAGAAAGCAAAGUUACUUAGGGACAUUGUGGCUAAAAUAGAGGAUAAAAACCAAAUUCUUGAGAAAUUUAUGGAGUCUCUAAGCAGUGAGUCUGUGUGUAAAAUAGACAUGUUUAAAUCUCUGCCUGACGCCCUGUUGGAAAAAUGUGCAUUUCUCAGUGUACAACCAGACACUGUCAAGAACCUUGUUCAGGCUAUGCAAGCACUAUCUAACGUUUACACUGAUGUGGGUUCAUCGCUGGAUGAGGUUCGUGGUGCCCUUGAGGAAGAUGAGGCUGGGGAGAAGAGUUUAAUGGAGGUAGUAGGGCAGAAGGGACUACCGGCAAGGCCUGCCAUCUUUCAGGAUAUUCAAAAAGAGUGGAAGAAAUAUGAGGCUGUUCAUCAGACAGCCAGCAACACUAACACCGAGCUUCACAAAGCCAUGAACCAGCACAUACCAAACCUACGUCUGUUACAGGGAUCUAUUGAGGAACUUAGAAAGAGCUUGCCCCAGCCAGAACUUAGUCAAGAUGAAAUGUCAUCCCUGCAAAAGAUGAAGACUAUUCUUGGCAAAGUUGAUGAAAUGCGAAAGCAGAGAAUCUCAUUGGAGAGCCAGCUUCGUGAUCUUAUUCAUAAAGAUGACAUCACUGGAGUCCUUGUAACCACAGAUCGUGCAGAGAUCAAGACAUUGUUUGCAGAGCAGUUGAAGAAAUAUGAUCAGCUGAAGGGAUAUAUAGAACAAAACUUGGUUGCCCAGGAUAACAUCCUGAAAGCUCUAACAGAAGCCAAUGUACAGUAUGCCCCUGUCCGCAAGACACUCACGCUCACAGAGCAACAAUGGAACAGCACUGCGCAGGCCCUGAUUGCCUCAUUUGAGGCAUAUGAGGACUUGAUGAAGAAGGCUGAGGAGGGAAAAGACUUUUACCAGGAUCUGGACAAGAAGACCUCUGCCCUGUUGGACAAGACAAAGUCCUAUUGCCAAGCCAGAGAGGGAGAACGAGUUGCCUUGCUGGAAAAGGAGAUUGGAAAAGGGCCUCCUAGACCUGCCGCCAAAAAGCCUGUGGUCGGCCAAAAAGUUGUUGGUCGUAGAUCUGGCCCUUCCAGUCUUGAGUCUGUUGGUCCUUCUGUUGCUUCAUUUGAAGAUCUCCCACAAGAACUACGAAGCCUCCCUCCAAACCUGAAAUUGCCUCAUGUUCCAGUAGUUUCCAAUCCUUUUCCUCAUGGUGGACCUCCUGUUAGCUGGCCACAAGGGGCAAACCCUUUUCCACCUCAGUUUCCUAACCCCCAGUUUCCCACUACAGAUACAAAGCUCAGGCAACAGUUGGCCCACCAUCUACCACAGGUUCCUUAUGGCCAGCCCUCUGCACCUCUGCAAAUCACUGGGCCAUCACCACAGCAGUUCCAGGUAAGACCAGCUGGAGGCAUCACACCUGUCCAUCCACAGGUUAACCAAUCGACUACACCACAGCUGCCUGCUCAAGGGUACAAUCCAGCUCUCUGGCAACAAGGUGGGCCUAUUGCUGUUACAGGGGGCUAUUCUGUGCCUCCACAGAUGGGACCGAUUCCCCAAAAUUCCAUUAGGCCUGGUUUACCAGGACAACCGCAAGUAUCCUUGCCAAACACUCUAGGGCAGCAGAUGGCAACUGGCAUGCCUCAGUCUUCCUCUGUUCAGCAGAUUGUACAGGGAGCACAAUUCCAAAAUUUUACCCCCCAGCCUAGACAAAGCAUCCCCUCAACUACACCAAGAAGUGCAUUUCCUGGGCAAAUUCUUCCACCCUUUCCACCUGGGCAAGUCCAGGCUCCAAUGCCAGGCCAAGCACAGCAACAGUCUAGCCUUCCCUCAGGUUACCGGCCAGCAUUACUUCCACAUACCCAACCUCAGCUUGGUCCACCAGGCCAAAUUAUGGUGUCCCAUCCUCAGGGAGCCCUCAUUCCAGGACAAGUUCAGCCUCAGUCCACUUUUUCUAAUCCGUUCCACCCUGGACAACUCCCACAAAGCAGACCUCCCCCUUAUAUGGGCUAUGCCCCAUUUUCCACUCCCCACCAAGUACAUCCAGGGUCUCAAGUUUUACCACAGGCACCCUUGAGCCAAAGUUCCCAAGUUCCUUUUGGACCUCGUCCAAUCAAUCAACCCCAAAUGCAACCAGGAGCUGUACCCCCACAAAGUAAUGUGUAUUCAUUUGCCCCAACACACAUGGGCCAACAACCUACGGGCCAACAGACUAUUCCAUCUCAGUUCAACGCCAUGUUUAAUAGGCCUGGGGGACAACCCAUGUGCAUGCCUGGGCAAAGCCCUCAAAAUUUUUCUCACUUGUCAUCAGGACAAGCAGUUGCCCCAGUAAUGGACAAUCCUGUUCCACCUUCACUUGGCAGCACCCUCAUACCGACUCCAUCACCUGCUCAGGUUUCCACAUCAAAUGCUGCACCCCUAAAUUCUGACUCCACUGCAGCUCUGGAUUCUCUCCAGAACAAGGUGGAUAAUCUCAGCAUUCAGUCCCAAACUAACUCCCUUGAAAAAAACUUUGCAUGUGCAGUCAAUGGUAGUCAGGAUACCAUGCAGAGCACAAUCAAAAACGAUGACAGUCAGCAGGGGGUUCCAAAAAAAGAUGAUCUUGGUGAUUUGGAUCCAUUUUGGUCCCAACACUAAUUGUGAUGCCUGAACUAAUACUUGCCUUUUCAACAUUGCCAGUAAUAACACAUAAUUACACUGUACUCUCUGUACUUGUAAUUACACACUGACUUAGCAAAUGUACUACAAGCAAAUAGAAAACUGCUAUUGCAUUAUAUUUCUAUGCAAUCCUCUAAUAUUGUGUCUAGUUUCACUCUGAAUUACUAUUCCUAAAUGGCACUUUAGUUUGCACUGUAAUAAGAAUGAUGAUGAGGGGAAAGAGUUGAUUAUGGUUGUUUCUAUGUCAAGAUGUAUUUUUCACUGUUUCAGAAACAUUUUGAUACAAAAGCUGUUCUAGUUCUUACAUAUAAUUUUGUGAUAAAGUAUAAACAGAUUUCUUUUAGCGCUGUAUAUACCGUAGCGCAAUUUUUAGUAAUAAAAAAGCUUCUUAAAUAUCCAAAUUAAACAACUUGAAUAUUCAAAAAUGUGUUUACAGGUCAGUCUUUAUAGACAGCACUACGCACCUGAGCAUGCAGUUUUUCCACUUAAUGUUUGGUCGAACUGUAUAGGGAAUAUCUGGGAGCACAUCUUGAGCAGAUAUCCUAUGCAAGUUUUGCGCCCUUUGUAUUCAGGUUAGCAUACAAAAUAUAACCAAAUAUAAUAGAUUAUAGUGUAUUAAACAAUUAAUAUGCUGCUGUGUGCUAAUGUACCACUGUUAAAUGCUCCACUGCCCUAACAUGGCCAUAUGAUGGCAGUGCCUGGAUGUCUUCUGUUUUAGGAUUGUCUAAUAUGACUGUGUCCUUCUUUCUGCAUGGUUUACUGGAGCUGUCUCGAUUGAAUCAAUAUGCUUCAUUUGCUUCAGGCACAAAUAACCACAUAUUUACCACACGUCCAUCCAGCAAUAAAGGUCUGUAAAUAAUAAUACAAGGACGCACAAAUUGAGUCAGGUCUUUUGGAGAGACUAUUCAGGUCUAUUAUACUUUUUUUUUUUUUUUUUUUCUUCCUCUGUCAAGCUGUUAAUAAACAGGUCAUAGAGAGGAUGAUUAGAAGUGGUCAAAAAGUGCACCCCGUGUAAUGGGUGCUGACUGGGAUGUAGUAUUGAACAGUAUUGAUGUAUCUUCUCGCAUGUAAAUGUGAAUAUGGCUAACACAACACAUUGUACAUGUUCACUGCUAGUCAGGAAUCUUUUUGUCUUAGUAACGAGCUCAAGAGCCCUUUGCUCUUCCGAGACAGCCUUUUAUUUCAGCAGUCUGUGCAUGCCAUCCCUUGCUUUUGACUUGCUUUGAUGGAGUAAACGCUGGGAGAGCAACUGACCCAGUUUUUCUUUGUAAGAUGGUUUUGGCUUGAGCAGAAUAAACACACUCUUAGCACUGAA